UAAUGACUGAUCAAGUCUUCGGAAAGGUGUCGAAAGUCGUUUGCGUCGGAGCUGGAUACGUUGGUGGACCAACAUGUGCAAUGAUUGCGCACAAGUGUCCACACAUUACAGUAACUGUCGUGGACAUGAACACCGCUAAGAUUGCCGAGUGGAACUCUGAUAAAUUGCCAAUAUACGAGCCUGGACUUGACGAGAUUGUUUUCGCCGCUCGUGGUCGCAAUCUAUUCUUCUCCUCUGAUAUUCCAAAAGCGAUUGCUGAAGCCGAUCUUAUUUUUAUCUCGGUGAACACUCCCACAAAAAUGUACGGACGUGGCAAAGGAAUGGCUCCAGAUCUGAAAUAUGUCGAGUCAGUCUCGCGUACCAUCGCUCAAUACGCGGGUGGUCCAAAGAUUGUUGUGGAAAAAAGUACAGUUCCGGUAAAGGCUGCAGAAUCAAUUGGUUGCAUUUUGAGAGAAGCACAAAAAAAUAACGAAAAUCUAAAGUUCCAAGUCCUGUCAAAUCCAGAGUUCUUGGCUGAAGGAACAGCUAUGAAGGAUCUUGCCAAUCCAGAUCGUGUGCUCAUUGGAGGAGAAUCCUCUCCAGAAGGACUUCAAGCCGUCGCUGAACUUGUUCGAAUCUACGAAAACUGGGUGCCACGCAAUCGUAUUAUUACUACUAAUACAUGGAGCAGCGAACUUUCGAAACUCGUUGCCAACGCAUUCUUGGCUCAAAGAAUUUCAUCGAUCAAUUCAAUUUCUGCCGUUUGCGAAGCUACCGGAGCUGAAAUCUCGGAAGUUGCUCACGCAGUUGGAUAUGACACUCGAAUUGGUAGCAAGUUCCUACAAGCAUCUGUUGGCUUUGGAGGGAGCUGCUUCCAAAAAGAUGUACUCUCACUUGUAUAUCUUUGCGAAUCUCUCAAUCUUCCACAAGUCGCUGAUUAUUGGCAAGGAGUGAUUAAUAUUAACAACUGGCAACGAAGACGUUUCGCAGACAAGAUUAUUGCGGAGUUGUUUAACACGGUGACUGAUAAGAAAAUUGCAAUCUUCGGAUUCGCUUUCAAGAAGAACACAGGUGACACACGCGAAUCAUCAGCCAUUCACGUAAUCAAACACUUGAUGGAGGAGCAUGCAAAAUUAUCAGUCUACGAUCCAAAAGUGCAGAAAUCGCAAAUGCUCAACGAUCUGGCUUCGGUGACAAGUGCGCAAGAUGUUGAGCGUCUCAUUACUGUUGAGUCGGAUCCAUAUGCUGCUGCACGUGGUGCUCACGCAAUUGUUGUACUUACCGAGUGGGAUGAAUUCGUUGAAUUGAACUACAGUCAGAUUCAUAAUGACAUGCAGCAUCCAGCUGCCAUAUUCGAUGGAAGACUCAUUCUGGAUCAGAAAGCAUUGCGUGAAAUCGGGUUCCGUACAUUCGCCAUUGGAACUUCUCCAGAUCAAGCUUAUAAUCUAUUCGGAACAGCUGGUUAUUAAUCGUGUCUUGGAAAAUCUCCAAUUCUCACUAUUGACUUCAAAAUUAUUUAUCUGCAUGCUUCUUCUUUUUACUCAUAAUUUAUUGCAUUUUAUGAUAUCUAACUGCCUUAAUAGUAAAGUUUUAUCAAAUCAG